AUGAAGUUUCUAGCGUUGAUUUUGGCACUGGUUCUGCUAAACAGUAACGAGCCCACUGUAGUAGCAGAAGUGGAUCUCGCUGUACCUAAUUCCCUAGUCGAUGGGCUACAGGAGCUGCAAUUCAGUUUGAACCGUCAGCUGUUGGAAAAUAGUGAGCAAGUCGAAGCAUUAUCAACGGAACUUCAGCAGCUGAAAAGCGCGGUGGAUCAUCUGGUAUGGUUAUCCGAACGGAUGGAUCGCUCGGUUCAGGCAGUCGCAGCCGAUAGUGGCCUCCUAGCGCGAAACGUUUCGGUUCUGACAUAUCAAAAUGAACAAAUUGUACAGAACCAACAGUACUGCGCCAACCAUGAGGCUUUAAAAAAUCUGUUCUUUGAGUUGAAACCAAAGUGUGCACCCUCUGAUGGUGACGAAUUUCCACAGUUGGUUCCAGACGGCCGUCAAUAUCAAUCCUGCCGGGAAGCACCGAAACGAUCCGGUGUCUAUAGAUUUAACCUUCCCAACAGCGCUGCUACGCCAGCUAGUUCAGGAUUCACGCCCACGACCGCUGUUCCAACAACCACUUCUAGUCCCUGGUUCAACCGUCCAAAUGCACCAUUCAGUGCAUAUUGUGAGCAGCAAAAACUUGGUGGCGGUUGGAUGGUUUUCCAGAAACGACAGGAUGGUUCGGUUCCCUUCAAUCGUACUUGGGACGAGUAUCGCGAUGGAUUCGGAAAUCCACGUGGUGAAUAUUGGCUUGGAGUGGAAAAGCUAUAUCAGCUAACUGCCAGUAGAAGCUGCGAAUUGCUGAUUCACAUGGAGGAUUUUGACGAUAAUUCCGCAUACCAGCUCUAUCAAAACUUCAGAGUGUUAAACGAACAAGAUGGAUAUAAACUGUUGUUGGGUAAUUCAAACGGUACUGCUGGAAAUGCCCUCUCGAUAUACAGUAAUGAAGUGUUUGUAACCUACGACACACAGAAAUCCUACAGUUCAUGUGCUAGAGACUUUGGCAGUGGUUUCUGGCACUGGGGUUGCAGCACUGGCGAUAAUAGGUACCAAGCAGAACACUAA